AUGCAUCUUCUGCCUUCGUCGUCUUCUCCACUCACUGCAUGCCUCUCCGGCUCUCACGGUCGCUCCCACUUCCAGCGAAAGAGAUUCUCGGUUUGCGCUCUCAAGAACGAUGACGGCGGCAGCAGGCUCGUGGACGGGAACAUGGUGACUCUGCGGAGGAGGAUUCACGAAAGGAGGAUGGCGGAGAACUACAGCGACAGAGUUAACGAGGCCCCGGGGGAUUGGAUGGAGUGGGAGCGACGCUACUACAAGAGAUAUGGAUCGGACGUGUCGGAGUUUAUGGGGAUGGCGCAGGCGGCGUUGAUGAACGCUCGGCCCAGCGUCGGGCUGGCGACCGUGGCGGUGGCCGGGCUGAGCAUGCCGCCGGCGGCGGCGUUGUUUCUGCUGCUGUUGUUCUCGAUGCAUUGAGUGCGUGUAACGUGUUGGAAGGAAUCUCUGUCAACCUCGACAUAAUCGAUUAUUAUUUGAUU